CAGCCGGAGGGCGCUCUGGCAGCCCGCUGCGCUUUCUCCCGAUGGCCCGCUACGUGGACGUGCGUGUGUCUGGUUUCCAAGAAUUCAACCAGGCUGUAGAGCAGCACAAGGGCAAGACCAUUUUCGCCUACUUUACGGGAUCUAAGGACGCCGAAGGGAAAAGCUGGUGCCCGGACUGCGAGCUGGCUGAACCAGUUGUUCUAGAUGGCCUGAAGCAUAUUGGUGAAGGAUGUGUGUUCAUCUACUGCCAAGUAGGAGAAAGACCUUAUUGGAAAGAUCCAAAUAAUGACUUCAGAAAACAGUUGAAAGUAACUGCAGUGCCAACACUACUUAAGUAUGGAAAACCUCAAAAACUGGUAGAAUCUGAGUGUCUUCAGGCCAGCCUCGUGGAGAUGAUAUUCUCUGAAGAAUAGAUUUGAGAAAUUGGAUCUUGAUUUUUAACUUUGCUUUAGAAAUGGGGUGCUUGUUUCUUAAGUAAAUAACAUGUUAAAGAAAGUUGGUGUAUGUCUAAACAAAAGUGUACUACUAAAAUGCUCAUGAGGUAGGGGGUGGGGGAUAGAGAGGGAAGGGGAUUUCGGGUGUAAAUGAUGAAGGUGGGAGGAGGAAGGAGCACUAGAACAGAUAGUGAUUGCACACCGCAUACUCUAAUAUUGAUGUGGUAAUAACUGUCCAAUGCCCCUUGAUAAGAUUGAACAAUACAACUAUUGUGUAAUAUAUAAAUUAUGUGCCAAUAAAAUUGUUGAAAAACUAA